AUUUCUCCUCCCAUCUUGGUCUAUUAACACAAAGCUGGUUUCCCAUGAUUUGGUCUGUUCCUCUCGCAGGACUACAUUGCAUUUGUGCUGUCUCUCUGGCCCGGUGAGGACUCAUGGCCUGCUGGUGGCUACUCUUGCUAUUGUCUCUUCUUGAAGAAGCGAACAUCUCUUUCACUUUCAAUGUGGAGGUCUCGGAAUAUAGACGGUUCUCAUCAGAGGUCAGCAGUCUCUUUGGGUACAAAGUGGUGCAGUUUAAUUCCACCAGUGGACAGAGAUUGCUUAUUGGAGAUCCAGGAUCCAACAUUCUGUGUGCCUGUGACAUUAGGAAUAACUGUGUCAACAUCACACUGCCAGAUAUAGACAGCACCUCUCACCUUGGGCUGACUCUGGAAGUGGAUCCUAUGUCCAACCGUUGUCUUGUAUGUGGCUCUGCUAUUCCUCACAACUGUUUUGAGACCCAGUACACAAAUGGGGCCUGCUACAUCGUGGACUCCAGUCUCACUGUGUCCAGUAAGAGUACCCCUGGUUUUGAAGAAUGCCAGAAUGUUGAUGUGGAUCUGUGUUUCCUAAUCGAUGACUCGCACAGUGUGGGGGAACUAGAGUUUGGAGAAGUUCAGAAGUUCCUACUGAACACAAUCCAGAACCUAAAGAGCAGCACUGUACAUUUUUCUGUUGUUAUGUUUUCAACAAUCCCAAAGACAGUUUUGAACUUUACGGAUUAUCAACUUGGAAAAGCCGAAGAAAAAAUUAAGGAGAUGAAGCAUAUAGGAGGUUUUGGAUAUUUAUACAGAGCCCUCAAAUUCACACUAAACGAGAUCUUCACCCCAGAAGCAGGAGCCCGGCAGCACGCCAAGAAGGUACUUCUGCUGCUGACAGAUGGAGACGUCAAUGAUAAUAACAACGGAACAACAGAAGCUGCAGACAAACUAAAAGUCACCCGUUAUGUCAUUGGGGUCGGAAACAACUUUAAAGCUGGAGAUAUAACUGAACUGCCCUCUAAUCCAAAGGAACAUCACAUACACGAGAUAGGGGAUUUCUCACAGCUGGAGGCCAUCUUUAAAGAGAUGCAAACCAAGAUACUGGCAAUUGAGGGGGUCGCACAAGGUUCCGAUUUUACACGAGAAAUGUCUUCUGCUGGGUUGAGUGCCUUUUUUACACAGGUAGGUGAACAGUAGGUGUUAUAUGGAGUGCGAGGUGCUCCACAAUAUGUUUAGCAGAACAGGUCCACCACUGAGGGGC